AAUUGCUGAUAAAAGUCCCGGUAGUUGAUGGAUACAUAUGGAGACCAAAAAUGUUAUACCUGAUACCAUGUUUAAAGACCCAAAUAUCCACAAUGUACAAAAGGCCGGGUUUUGAACAGCUUUUAAGAAAAUGGGUCGAUCGUGAUGUUGGGCCUGGAAU